AUGUCCAGAAGGCUGUGGUUCAAGGCCAUUUUUGCUGGCUAUAAGAGGGCCUCCAGAACCAGAAGGAGCAAUUUUAUUCUUAAAAUUGAAGGUAUUUAUGCUCUAGAUGAAACCGAAUUCUACCUAGGCAAGAGAUGUGCUUAUGUGUACAAAGCAAAAAACAACACAGUGACUCCUAGUGGCAAACCAAAUGAAACUGGAGUAAUCUGGGGAAAAGUAAUUCAUGCUCAUGGAAACAGUGGCAUGGUUCAUGCCAAUUUCCGAAGCAACUUUCCUGCUAAAGACAUUGGCCACAGAAUCCAUGUGAUGCUGUAUCCUUCAAGGAUUUAACUUACUGAAGAGUAAAUAAAUAAAUGUGUAGAUCUGCUCUUAUUAAAAACAGUCAGUUAAGCGUCCAACUUCAGCUC